AAUGAAUUUCUUUCUUUUAUAGGUACAUUUAUGAGCAUUUGCAUCUUUCCAGUAAGAAUAGUUAUUUAUUCUGAUGUUGUAAUUACUAUCGUCCAACAAUCAUAAAUUCAAAUUGAAAGAACAAACGGGUGGUCUUUCCGCCAUUUCCAUCUUUUCAGAUUCUCAUAAAUCAACAAUGGAUUCUUCAUCCAUUUGCCCUUUCUGCCAUUCAUCAGUUCCAUCUUCCCAACUGCAAUGGCACGCCAACAAUCACUUCGAACAUGACGAUCUCCAACGCGCUACUGAUUUCGAGUUAGCUCAGCAACUCGCUCUUUCACCCAGUUCGCCUCCGAGAAAACAAGCAGCUAGUGGCUUGCAUUCUGCUAAAACUCAUGAAGGCUCUAAUAAUUGGUAUAAUGGCAUUGUGGCUGGUAGACAUAAUGGAGCGUGGAAAGUGGAUGAAAAGAUCUCUUGUUUGGUUGAUUUACAGAGAAAGAGUGAGUUUUACAAGAUUGAAGCAGGUUUAAUAGACUUGUUGAAAAACUGUUUGGAGUCUGAAGCAGAGAACUCAAGAACCAUUUUGUCAGGUUAUGUUGAUCACUUCCAGAGCCUUGAGUUUGAGGAUGUAGGAUGGGGCUGUGGUUGGCGAAACCUUCAAAUGCUCAGCUCACACUUGCUGGCACAAAGGCCACAAGCAAGAGAAGUCUUGUUUGGUGGUUUGGGAUUUGUUCCUGAUAUAUCUUCACUCCAGAGAUGGCUUGAGAUUGCUUGGGGAAGGGGUUUUGAUCCACCUGGUGCUGAUCAAUUCAAUCAUGCUGUUUAUGGCUCGAGAAAAUGGAUAGGAACCACGGAGUGUGCUGCCCUGUUGCGUUCAUUUGGUCUCCGAGCUAGAGUAGUCGAUUUCGGUCCUAAAGAAUAUGAAUCACUUUAUCUAUCUGUCCCAGGUUCAAGUGUUGGGGCGCUGCAGCCACUGAGAACUAAUAAUUGGAGGAAGAGGAAAGCAAUAAUUUCUGGACCAAUGGAUAGGUAUCUGUCUCGUACUGUUUCUCAAUCAAGUUGUAGCCAGAAAGAGAACUCAUGUUCUUCUCCCAAUGACACUGAUAGUAAUGCCAACAUAAGUAAGGGUCAUCAAGCUCUCAUGGACUUUGUGUGGAAUUACUUUUCUAACAAUAGCUCGAUCCAAUUUGGUCACAGGCGUGUUAUUGUAAGCGAGAAAACCCCCUUGUACUUUCAACAUGAUGGACAUUCAAGAACAAUAGUUGGAAUUCAAGUCAAGCAUCAACGGACAGGAACACUGCAAUAUAACCUCCUCAUUCUUGAUCCUGCUCAUAAAACGGCUUCUCUAGAAAAAUUGCUUAGGGAGAAAGUUGGAUGGCAGAGACUCGUAAAAAGAGGAAUCCACACAUUGAGGAAGCCACAAUACCAGCUGUGUUAUGUCGACCCUGGAAUUGCAAGUGAGGAGGAGAUGGAAAAACUCAAGACAAUUGAUAGUGUGUUCGUUGAAAUUUAG